GCGGGUUAUUUGGUUUGGAAACUGCUGUUUCCUAUCGCGGAACUUGAUGGGCGCAGUGGAAGUAGGGCAGGGCGUCUGUCAGUCGCGACGGCAGCGAAUGUAGUUGCUAAAUGCCUGGAAGUUUUGCGCAAUCAUCUAUGUUCGCAACCAACCGUGCACGCACAGCCAGCGCGUAGCAACGCAACAUUUCUGAGGCAGAACACCUGCUCACUGACGGUACAGUCAAGUCAUCGCAAACGUGUGGCAGUGCAAGUCUCCAUGAGGUGUUCUAGGCAAAUCAGAUAGCUGGCAACAUGGUGCGUGUGGCCGUCAUUGGUUGUGGUGGCCUGGGUGUUAACGUGGCGGGCGAACUGGCAGCUCAAGGGCACGAGGUGCGUGUGCAUGAUGCUCUGCCCGAUGCCCUGGACCGAGUUGCACCCCGACUGGCCGAGGAUCGCAAGGCGCUGAGGGAGUGCGGUCUCCUGCGCCAGCCAGGCUUCUUGGGCAGCGUGUUCUGUCUCAGCCGCCUUGAGGAAGCACUAAGGGAGGCAGAGCUGGUGCUGGAGUGCAUCACUGAGGACCUGGCGGCCAAGGUUUCCCUGAUGGAGGUGGCCUCUCAGAGCUGCCGCCCAACGGCCAUUCUGGCCAGCAGCAGCAUGCGCCUGCCCAUGGACGCCAUAUUUGAGCGGGCCUCGGGCAAGGAUCGCUGCCUCGGCAUACGCUUCCUCUUUCCCGUCUACGCCAUACCGGAGGUGGAAAUACAGUUGUGCAGAGGGACUUCCAUGGCAACGCUCUCGUGGGUGCGGGCUUUUCUGGAACGCAUGGGUAAAACUGCCUUUCUCCGUGCUGGGCCCGAGCCCCUGGUGCUGUCAGAGCGAGAGCGCGAGGCACGGCGUUCCGCACUUGCUUUACUGGGCCGGACAGCCAUGGCUCGACAGCCACCGCCCUUCUCCCCACCUGAUUUGGCCAGUCCUGACACACUGUGCAGCGCCCUCACGGCCGAAGUUCUGGAGGCUGGAGGUGCAGGCGGCCGCGACAAGGACUGCGUGGUGUGCAUGGACGAGGAGCGCAACUGCGUGCUGCACCCCUGCCACCAUCUGUGCACAUGUGCCGCCUGUGGCCGCAUGCUGCUCAAGCGACAGGACGCCUGUCCCAUCUGCCGACGGCACAUCACCUCCAUCUUUCGCGUGUUCCACUCCUAGGCUGCACGUAUGCCAACUGCCGCCUGUUGGAACGCCGCCAACAAUUUUUCCAAAGAAGCACGCCGCUUGCCGCUGCCCAAGCCAACCAACCAAAAAAUGCUUUGAGGCCCUCCCUGGCCCACACAAGACAAAACUCUACAGACCAGCUACACGGAGAAGAGGAGCCACU